AUGAAGACAGCAGCAUAUAUGACUACAAAGCAUCCUGAUUAUGCCAUUUUGGCUGCGCGUAUUGCAAUCUCUAAUCUUCAUAAAGAGACCAAGAAAGCUCAUCUACGAGACAUUGAAGACAUGUGCCAUGAUUUGAAAACAGCUGGCAUUGGCUUAAACAUUCAGCAUCUGGAUCUUACAUUUUGGGAACUAAUGGUCGAAUCUGAUGGUGUUUGGAGUUUUUUCGAUCUAGCAGAGGCACCCGGACUUAUGGACAUGUGGGGAGAUGAAUUUGAG